AUGCAGAUUCAGAACGUUGUCCUGGCCAUUGCCACUCUCUGCCUUGGCGCCCAAGCAGCCUUUGACUGCAAGUGCAAGGACGACGCCAAGACCACGUCAUGCUGUAACGCCCAGAAGUUCAUUUCCGCCAAGAGAAAUGACGGAAAGCUGAUGCUUCCCGUUCAAGACCUGCUGCGGUGA